AUGGACCCUGGACGCCUCCUCCCGGGCCCCCUAGUCCCAUGUUGGCCAACUUCCCCAUCAAGCUCCCCCAUCAAAACAUCAACUGACUUCUCUCUUCUUUUCCUUCUAUCCAGCCCUGCCCCUCCCGCUCCUGCUCCUGCUCCCUCUCAAUACACCACUCAGCAAGAGUUCCACGACACUCGCAUCCACCACCACGACACUCGCGUUGAGAUCGACACCCGUCACCACGAGCACCUGGUAAACCCGAUUGAUAAAAUCGAACGCCAGUACCGUCAACGCUUCCAGCCUACCUACCACAAGGAGGAAGUCACCGUCGAGACCUACCCGGCUCCUCACCACCACCACCACCACCACUCUCACUCCGACCACCACUCGGAUCACCACUCCCACCACCAGCACUCCCACGUCGACGAGUACACCGUCGAAUCUGAGCGCCCCCGUCCUCAGCAGUACAAGGAAACCAUCAAGGUUACCGAAGAGACCAUCGAGCCUACUCACGUCUCCAAGCCCCAACACAAGUCUUCCAAGAUGGGUUACUACGACGAGGAUGGCCACUACCAUUCUUUCCGUCAAGGCCUUCACAAGCUGGCGGACAAGAUUGCUCACCCCCAUCAUCACCACCAUCAUCAUCAUGGUCAUGCUGACCGUUACGAAGUCUCCGAGGUUCGCGCCGCUUCCGCCCCCCGCCGCCAGUCUUCCGGCUCUGGCUCCGGUGCCCCUCGCAUUCCCAACACCGUCACCAUCCCCUGCCACCACAUCCGCCUCGGCGACUUCUUGAUGCUCCAGGGCCGUCCCUGCCAGGUCAUCAAGAUCUCCACCUCCGCCGCCACCGGCCAGUACCGCUACCUCGGUGUCGACCUCUUCACCAAGCAGCUCCACGAGGAGUCCUCCUUCAUCGCCAACCCCGCCCCCAGCGUCGUUGUCCAGACCAUGCUCGGCCCCGUCUUCAAGCAGUACCGCGUCCUCGACCUCUCCGAUGGUCACGUCACUGCCAUGACCGAGACCGGCGACGUCAAGCAGGGCCUGCCCGUCAUUGACCAGUCCGACCUCUGGUCCCGCCUCAACAACGCCUUCGAGUCCGGCCGUGGCUCCGUCCGCGUCCUUGUCCUCAACGAUGCUGGCCGUGAGCUCGCCGUCGACGUCAAGGUCAUCCACGGCUCCCGUCUGUAA